CCGCAACUUCAGCCCGCGCCGCAGCUGCCGGGAGCCGACGUGGGAGGGCCGCCGGCGCCGGGGCCUGGACGCGGGGACCCGACUGCUUCCCGCGACCCUUUGUCCCUUCAGCCGAGUGAGCGCGCUCAGGGUAGCUGCAAAGCCGGAGGUGCGGGCGGCCCGGGGCAUUGCAUUGGCACGGAGGCUGUUAUUCUAAGCCGGAGACCUCAAGUGUCCUCCUGUCAUGACAAGGAGCCUUCGUCUUUAGGACUACCAGCCAGACUCCCAGAAAUCAUGUUGGUAGGAUCCCAGUCCUUCUCGCCUGGAGGGCCCAAUGGGAUCAUCAGGAGCCAGUCCUUUGCGGGGUUCAGUGGCCUUCAGGAGAGGCGAUCCAGAUGUAACUCCUUCAUUGAAAAUCCCUCUGCUCUCAAGAAGCCUCAGGCCAAACUGAAGAAAAUGCACAAUUUAGGACACAAAAACAGCAGCCCUCCCAAAGAGCCUCAGCCUAAAAGGGUGGAAGAGGUCUACAGGGCUUUGAAAAAUGGACUUGAUGAGUAUCUGGAGGUUCACCAGACAGAGCUGGACAAGUUGACAGCUCAGUUAAAAGAUAUGAGAAGAAACUCUCGCCUGGGUGUGCUGUAUGACCUAGACAAGCAAAUUAAAACAAUUGAAAGAUACAUGAGACGCCUGGAGUUUCACAUCAGUAAGGUAGAUGAACUCUACGAAGCUUAUUGUAUCCAGAGACGCCUCCAAGACGGUGCCAGCAAAAUGAAGCAAGCCUUCGCGACGUCGCCUGCCAGCAAGGCUGCCCGGGAGAGCCUGUCAGAGGUCAGCCGGAGCUACAGAGAGUACACAGAGAACAUGUGCACCAUUGAAGCAGAGCUGGAGAAGCAGCUGGGGGAGUUCUCCGUCAAGAUGAAAGGUCUGGCUGGUUUUGCUCGCCUCUGUCCUGGAGAUCAAUAUGAAAUUUUCAUGAAGUAUGGCCGACAGAGGUGGAAACUGAAAGGCAGAAUAGAAGUAAAUGGCAAACAGACCUGGGAUGGAGAAGAAAUGGUGUUCCUGCCCCUGAUAGUUGGAUUAAUUUCCAUCAAGGUCACAGAACUCAAAGGGCUAGCAACUCAUCUCCUGGUCGGCAGCGUGACCUGCGAGACCAAAGAGCUGUUUGCAGCCCGACCUCAGGUGGUGGCUGUGGACAUCAAUGACCUUGGCACCAUCAAACUCAACCUGGAAAUCACCUGGUAUCCGUUUGACGUGGAGGACAUGACGCCAUCCUCAGGCGCUGGGAACAAGGCAGCCGCCCUCCAGAGAAGAAUGUCCAUGUACAGCCAGGGCACCCCGGAAACGCCCACCUUCAAAGACCACUCCUUCUUUUCGAAUCUACCUGAUGACAUCUUUGAAAAUGGGAAGGCAGCUGCGGAGAAAAUGCCACUGUCCCUCAGCUUCAGUGACCUGCCCAAUGGGGACUGCGCCCUCUCCCGCAGCCCAGCCGGCUCUCUCCCCAGCGCGUGCUCAGCAAAUCCAGAAAUCACCAUCACCCCUGCAGAGCUGAACCGCGGCAGCCCCUCCUCCCAGAACGAGGGCCUGGAUGACUCCGGCUCGGCCUCUUCCAAGAGCUCCUUAGGAGAAGGCUCAGAGCCCAGGCCCCACCGGGAGGAAGAGACCGAGGGGCCCGGGAAACCCGAGGCCGGCAGAGCAUCCGCGGGUGCCCGGACGGAGCGCCUAUUCCUGGAGAAGGGUGUCGCAGAGGCCCUUCUGCAAGAGUCUGACGAGGCCUCUGAACUCAAGCCCGUGGAACUGGACACUUUUGAAGGAAACAUCACGAAGCAGCUGGUCAAGAGGCUCACCUCGUCAGAGGUGCCGGCGGCCACCGAGAGGCUGCUCUCUGAGGGCUCUGUCAGUGGAGAGUCCGAAGGCUGUAGAUCCUUCCUAGAUGGAAGCUUAGAGGAUGCCUUUAAUGGGCUUUUCCUUGCAUUAGAACCACAUAAAGAGCAAUAUAAAGAGUUUCAGGAUCUGAACCAAGAAGUCAUGCACUUGGAUGAUAUUCUAAAAUGCAAGCCAGCAGUAAGCCGAAGCAGGUCUUCCAGUUUAAGUCUUACAGUUGAAAGUGCUUUAGAAAGCUUUGAUUUUCUGAACACCUCUGACUUUGACGAGGAGGAGGAUGAUGGUGGUGAGGUUUGUAAUGUUGGAGGAGGUGCUGACUCAGUAUUUUCAGACACUGAGACUGAGAAACAUAGUUACAGAUCAGUACACCCGGAAGCCAGGGGGCACCUCAGCGAAGCCCUGACUGAGGACACGGGAGUCGGGACUAGUGUGGCAGGAAGCCCUCUCCCACUGACCACGGGAAAUGAAAGCCUGGACCUCAGCAUCAUCAGGCACCUCCAGUACUGCACCCAGCUCGUCCAGCAAAUUGUUUUCUCAAGCAAAACCCCAUUUGUGGCCAGAAACCUCUUAGAGAAGCUUUCUAGGCAAAUCCAAGUGAUGGAGAAGCUCUCAGCCGUCAGUGAUGAGAACAUGGGAAACAUCAGUUCUGUCAUCGAAGCCAUACCGGAAUUUCACAAAAAGCUGUCUUUGCUGUCAUUCUGGACCAAGUGCUGCAGCCCGGCUGGGGUCUACCACAGCUCAGCAGACAGAGUGAUUAAGCAGCUAGAAGCCAGCUUUGCCAGAACUGUCAACAGAGACUAUCCCGGACUCGCAGACCCAGUGUUUCGCACACUGGUGUCCCAAAUCCUGGACCAGGCUGAGCCCCUGCUUACCUCCAGCCUCUCCUCCGAAGUCAUCACUGUUUUCCAAUAUUACAGUUACUUUACAAGCCACGGUGUGAGUGACCUAGAGAGUUAUCUGAACCAGCUGGCCAAGCAAGUUUCCAUGGUUCAGACUCUGCAGUCACUGAGAGAUGAAAAACUGCUACAGGCCAUGAGUGACCUUGCACCCAGCAGCCUCCCGGCCCAGCAGGAAAUACUCGGGACUCUGGCUCUGCUCUUAACCGGGGAUGACAGUGGAGUUAGUGAGGCUGUGAUGCUUUACUUGGCAGCAGCCUCCAGAAACGAGCAUUUCAGGGAAAAGGCCCUGCUCUAUUACUGUGAAGCCCUAACAAAGACUGACCUCUGGCUCCAGAAGGGAGCUUGCCUGGCCCUGAAAAGCCUGAAGGCUACUGAAAGCAUUAAAAUGCUGGUGACAUUGUGUCAGUCUGAUACUGAAGAAAUCAGAAAUGUGGCCUCAGAAACUCUCUUAUCUCUUGGAGAAGAUGGGCGGCUGGCAUAUGAACAGUUGGACAAAUUUCCUCGAGACUGUGUUAAAGUUGGAGGUCGUCAUGCAAGUGAAGUUGCCACGGCCUUUUAAUUACAAGUUAACUCUGCCUAACAGCUGUCUUAAUAAAUGGCCCUGUUAAUCAAGAUGGUGCUGUGACUUAGCUCGAAUUUGUUGAGGUUGUCUGGAAAUUUAACAUGUUAUGGGAGGAAUUCAAAGUCUCCUUUUCCAGUACUUAUCUGCUUUUCCUUCAGUCAACAGAAUAGGGCUAUGUAUAUUUCAGUAGAUUACAUGGUUGAUUGCAUCUGACAAUACUUAGUAAAAGGGUCUGUCUUAUCUAGUAUGUAUGGGAUUUUAAAACAGCCGUCUUUAUACAUUUUUGGAAGUUCUUCUAUAAGCUUGAAAUAGUCACAUGAUACUUUGAUAAAUAUCAUAUGCCUUGCAGUUUUUCCUCUGUUGUGUUCUCAGGGUUGAGUGGCCCCUUUAGCUACCUAAUUUUACCUUAAGUGCAAAGCAAAAAAAAGGAUUUCUUCAAGUAAAAGUUUGCCUGCAGAACCUGGUAAAAGGACAUAUUGUAAGAGUUUAUAUAUUUUUUUAAUUUCAUUUUUUCAAGCCUCCACUAUUUCUCUUGUUUCUUUUGUCUAUCGUGAAAAUUCCAAAGGCAUGUUUCCAUUAUGGUAAAAAAGAUAGGUAGAUCACUAAAAACUACCUUAUUAAGAUUAUACCCAUACUCAUUUUAAAAAGAUACUCAAAACUUAAGCUUUUUUUUUUUUUUAAACAAGAGCCAUUUUAUAAUGAUACUUUUACAAUAGAGGUAUUUUGCUGCUAAGACAAAUCAAACCGAGAAGUUUUCAGACAGCUGUGAUUAAUUCAGAAAGUUAUGAUGCUCCUUGAAGUAGAAGAACAUAGAAGUUGGAGGAAUCCUAAUGGGGUGGAAGCAGAGGGUCAUUAACAGUGGUCUUUUCUUCUAUACAAAUUACCAUAAGGUUAGGAAGAAGAAUGCCCUGAAUGAUGGUCACUGCCCCCAGAGAAAUCAUUCAUCACUGGAUAGGAUCCUUUGGCCAAAUAGUUAAACCAACAGCUCCCAUGUUGCUUCCAUAUCAGGAUAGCAAGUCCUUUAAAUAAAGUACAAGUCCAUUCAGUAGCUCUUAUUAAAUAACUUUUCUUCCUCUUAAGCGUAUACAAGGUGGGAUAUGCCAAGAUAUCAAAAUAAUAUGUGUGAGUGUAAUUUGAACUGUGGAAUAUCAACUGUUCUCUGAAUGUGCUUAUAUAAAAUAUCAUUUAGAUGUCAUUUUAAAUAUUUACAUUUUAGCAAGACCUUUAAAAACAACUCAUUUCAUUUUAAAGUGAAAAUUGUCAGGCUUCCUGGCAAAUAAGUUCUUUCAACUGUGAAGUUAUAAUGUAUAUAUAUAUUUGUAAAUUUAUAAAUAUUAUAUAUAUGCAUAUAUCUUUCAUUUUAAAGGUACAUUGUACAGUCUAUAGUUAGUAUGUAUAGUCUACAGUCUCUGUUAAAUGGUUGAAAUGAUUCUUUUUAUAGAAAGUCAAAUCACAAAUGUUACAGAGUUGUUUGCUUUGUUUGGGUUUUUUUUUAUUUUUUGAAUAUUGCAUGAGUACUUCCAUAUCUUUUGUAUUCACUUCUGCAUUUUAUUUUUGGUUGAAGGGGGUGCUUUUAGUUUUGUGGCAUUUGUAUUCGUCACUCUUUCAAUCAUGUAAGUUAAAAUAAAAAUUAUUUUUGAAUUACUA